AUGGCUACAAACGACAUCCCUCCACAAGGUCGGGAUCGCCGCGUGUCCAUCUCUCAGCUUCCGGAUGACGCUCUCAAGCUCGGAAAGAACUUGUAUCCGGAACCGUUACAUUUCAAGACAACAGCACAUCUUGCUGAAUUUCGUAGAGCUGCCGACUAUAUCUCUGCUGCCAUGAUCUUUCUCAGGGACAAUGUGCUACUGGAACGAGAUCUAAGCCCGGAAGAUAUCAAACACAUUAUCGGAUAUUGGGGAGUCUCACCCGGAAUAACCUUGUUGUAUGCCCAUAUCAACCUUACCAUCCAGAAAUACGACCAGCCAAUGAUUUGUCUGCUUGGAGCCAAUUACGGCGUCCCUGCUAUUCUCUCAUGUCUUUGGCUGGAAAGAUCUCUGGAAAGAUUUUAUCCCCAGUACAGUCGGGACAGGAAGGGUCUGCAUAACCUGAUUACCGGAUUUAGUGUCCCAGGAGGCUUUCCCAGUCACAUCAGUGCUCGGAUACCAGGAUGCAUUUUCGAAGGCGGUGAACUAGGACACGUCCUAUCUGUGGCGUACGGAACAAUCAUGGACAGACCGGAACUGAUCACAGUGGCCGUGAUUGGAGACGGAGAGGCCGAAACUGGCCCAACUGCGACUGCCUGGCACAUGUGUAAAUACAUCAAUCCUACUCAAGACGGGGCUCUCUUGCCUAUCCUCUAUAUGAGCAGCGCUGAGGACAAACAACAGACCAUCUUCGGCUCCAUGGAUGAUGCUGAACUCUGUUGCCUUUUUUCAGGCUACGGCUAUCGCCCCUGCAUCGUCGAUGAUGUGGCUGAUAUUGACAGAGAACUCAGCAGUGCUCUCUACUGGGCCGUCGAAGUCAUCAAAGAGAUACAACUUGCCGCUAAAGCCGGAGAGCAUGAUUUGGUAAAACCACGUUGGCCCAUCAUCAUUCUCAGAAUUUCAAGACGAUGGGGCUAUCCUCUACUCGACCCCGACGAACAUCUGUCUGGCUCAUUCCAUGGUAGAGAAGUCCUGCUCCCUCAUGCCAAGAUCAACCAAAAGGAAUUGCAACAUCUACAAGACUGGCUAAAGUCCUAUAAGCCAGCAGAGAUUUUUCAAGGCGAUCAGGUUUCUGAGGCCAUCGAGGAUAUCAUUCCUCCAAAUGAGAGACUCCUCCUCGGACAGAAUCGGGUUACCUGGGACAUGCGGCAUCAGCUUGAUGUUCCCGAGUGGCGGCAUUAUGCUGUGGCUAGGGGUAAUCUGAGCAGCUGUCUCAAAGAAGGCGGUAGGUAUCUUGACGAUACGCUUGCACGGAACAAACUAUCGCUCCGUAUUUUCUCACCCGACGGCCUGGUGAGCAAUAAGCUCAAUCUGUUGGACAAGCUAUCCGAUCGCACGUUUCGUAGCUUCAGAUGGGAUGCCAAUAAUAAGUCCACGGGAGAACAGGUCAUCGAAUUUGCUUCUGAGCAUACAUGUCAAGGCUUGCUCCAAGGCUACACAAUGACAGGCCUCACAGGCAUUUUCGCUGCCGAUGAGAGCCUGUUUCCUAGCAUUGCAACCAUGAUGGUCCAAUAUGGCAAAUUCUUGAGAACGGCACGAGACACAGGAUGGCGACAGGACUUGAACAGUCUGACUUACAUUCCUACCAGCACCUGGACCCGACCCGAGCCCAAUGGUUUCUCUCACCAGAAUCCAAGCUUUAUCGGCUCGGUACUGAAUCUGAAGCCCACCAUUGGAAGAGUGUACUUGCCGCCCGACGCAAACACGUUUUUGUGCACGCUUGCACACUGUCUGCGGUCCAAGAAUUAUGUCAACCUGAUCGUACCUUCGUCGCACCCAGGACCAGUAUGGUUUGGCCCGGAAGAAGCAGAGUUUCACUGUCGAGCGGGCGGUGGGGUGCUCAAAUGGGCAAGCACAGACGAUGGCAUUGACCCCGACGUUGUUCUCGUUGGUAUCGGGGCAGACGCCACGUUCGAAGUCCUGGCCGCCUCCGCACACUUGAGACGCCUGGCUCCGGCAAUGUCUGUCCGCGUAGUCAACGUUACGGACCUGAUGAUACUAGGACGUGAAGGCUCACACCCUCAUUCUCUAGGUCAUCGCGACUUUGACAUCCUCUUCACGCCUCACCGGGACAUUCACUUCAACUACCACGGCUACGCGAGCGAGCUCCAAGGCCUACUGUUUGGACGACCUCAUCUCGACAGAGUAUCCAUCUCCAGUUUUCAAAACGAAGUCACCACCAUGACCCCGUUCGAGACCAUGUUGAAGAACAAGUGCAGCAGGUAUCACGUGGCUGAAGCGGCCAUCCGUGGCGCUGCCAAAUGUAACCCUCACAUUGCCGUCGACCUCCAGAAGCUUGUCGCCCAUGUUCAACAUGAACGCGCCAAGCUUGAGCAAUUCAUCGAGAAGCAUGGAGUCGAUCCGGCUGGAAUCUAUGACGCCCCAAAAUUCUCAAAGCCAUGGCAUCGACACCGACAACCGAAUGGUGACGAGGAUUGGUCAUCGCACGAUAGGUCGUUUCACGUACCCAGAGGCACAGACUGA